GAGGAAACAAAAAAGUUCGAUGAGCGCAAAGUGGACUGUUGGAAAGUAAUUAUUUAAGAUGGGACUCUUGGCUGAAGACAUGGCGUUCCACUCCAGCAUUCCUGUGCCUCUGGAUAUAACUGUGGCUGUAGUCUACUCAAUUUUCGGACUAUGCUCACUAUUUGGAAAUAGCACACUGCUAUAUAUCUCCUACAAGAAAAAGCACCUGCUGAAGCCUGCAGAGUACUUCAUCGUCAAUCUGGCUGUUAGCGACCUGGGUCUCACGUUGUCCCUUUAUCCCAUGGCCAUAACCUCAAGUUUCUACCACAGGUGGCUGUAUGGGAAAACUUUGUGCUCCUUAUACGCAUUCUGUGGCAUACUGUUUGGCCUCUGCAGUCUGACCACUCUAACCCUGCUAAGCAUGGUGUGCUUUGUGAAAGUGUGCUGUCCGCUUUAUGGAAACCGGUUCAGGCCUUUUCAUGGCCAGCUGCUCAUAGCCUGUGCUUGGGUCUAUGCGUUGCUGUUUGCCUGCUCCCCACUGGUCCACUGGGGAGAGUACGGACCAGAGCCUUAUGGAACCGCCUGCUGCAUUGACUGGCGCUUGUCCAAUAAGCUCGGCACGGCCCGCUCGUACACAGUGGCGCUCUUUGUUUUCUGCUACAUCCUUCCAUGCUGCGUAAUUGUUGCGUCCUACACGAGCAUCUUGGUGACUGUGCAGGCAUCCAGGAAGACCAUGGAGCAGCAUGCAUCAAGGCAGAUGAACAUGAGCAGCAUCCAGACGAUUAUUAUCAAGCUAAGCGUUGCUGUCUGCAUUGGAUUCUUUACAGCAUGGAGUCCAUACGCCAUAGUUUCAAUGUGGGCCGCCUUUGGAGAAAUCGAAAGCAUUCCCCCUCUUGCAUUUGCAAUGCCUGCUAUGUUUGCAAAGUCGUCGACUAUCUACAACCCGAUGAUCUACCUAAUGCUGAGGCCUAAUUUUCGACAAAUCAUGUGCAGGGACCUGGGAACGCUAUUCCAAACAUGUCUGAAGGGAUGUCUCGUGUUUAAGGGCCAAGCAAAGUGCUGCUCGAAACCAAACGUCAUGCUCAGACGUCGCACAGCUCACAGACAGACCAACCAGCCUCCCUUAUCCAUCUCCUCUACUAAACUGCCUACAGUGACUAUGAGGGAUCUCAGGUGUCAGAGGUGCAUGGACAAUUUUGAAUGCUUCAGACACUACCCUCAAAUGUGUGGGAUUGCUAAUCCAGCCGCCAACACGGACUCAUCAAGAGAUCAAGAAACUCCGGUUUUGCAAACAUUUAGCCAGAUGUGUGAGAGUGAGCAUCCAAAGAAGUCCCUGAUGGCCACCGUAAGGACAUCAGAUACAAACUAUUUCAAUAUCAGUUUGGAGAUGGUUCCCAGGUACACAAAGGAGGCUUGGCCCUGAUAAUAUUUAGAAUGUGUCUGACAUGUUUAGAAAAUGUGGAAAUAUCCAUUCCAUUCAACC